AUAACAGUUAGUCACCUACUUUUAUCUGAUUGUUUAUUGAAAAUACGAUUUAUGAUUGCACACGGCAUUCGAAAGUGUAUGUAACCAUUAUAGUAUUGGGUAUAUUGUUCCAUAAUAAAGGUGCUGGGAUGGAAAAGCAUGAAAAUAGUGAUAUUCUCAGUUGGAUAGAGCAGUCUGUGGAGCAUGAACAUUUUGUGAAACAGGAAAUAGUAUUGACAGGUACAACUGGAAAAACAGAGGGAUACUCAGGUGACAUAGUUUUUGCUAAAGUCAUUGGUGUAGACACAGUAGGAAAUAAUAGAGAAGUUGAUUUGGCUAUCAAGAUAGCAACACAGAACAAAAUUCUAAGGGAACAAUUAUCUAACUUGAUGGAGGAAUGCUAUCAGCGGGAAAUUUAUGUAUACGAGAAAAUUUUUCCAGCGUUCGAAAAAUUUCAAGAAGAGAGAAAAAUUAUCGACCGUUUCAAUGCUGUCCCAAAGUGCUACAGAACUUUUUUGUCUGAAGUGAUUGUUCUGGAAAAUUUAAGAACACAGGGUUACAAGCUUCAUAAUAAAGGUAUACCAAUGAACCUUCAGCAUAUCGAAUUAGUAUUGAGCAACUACGCCAAGUUGCAUGCCCUGUCUUUUGCCUUCCGGGAUCAGAAAGCUGAGGAGUACAAUAUAUUGACUUCCAGUUACUAUCGGCACAGUAUACAAAUGAUCGAGCAAAUUUCCGAGAUUUUCAAAAAUGCCAAGUCGAAUGUGGUCAAGCAUCUAAAUGAGGUAUCAAGAAUGGAUCUAGCUGAAAAAUACAAGGAGGUUUUAGAAAACAAUAGUAUUUUAGAUAUUUUGAAGGAUGAAGUUGAACAUGUAGUCAUCACUCACGGCGAUUGUCACAAUAACAACUUCAUUUUUCAAUAUGAGGAGGACGAUGAACGUAACCCAACCAAAGUGGCCAUUUUGGAUUGGCAAAUUUCAAUUCAACAUUCACCAGUCAUGGACGUGUCCUAUUUUCUUUAUGCGGUGGCCGGAGAAAAUCUUUACAAACUUCCAGAUUUGUUGAAAUUUUACCAUUCAAGACUUACAAAUCACGCGAAAGAAAUGGGGACAGAUUUGAGAACGAUAUACCCUUUCACAUCUUUAAUAGAAGAUUGGAGAAAAUACUCCUUCUACGGAUUUGCUUUCAUAACAGCUUUUCUUGAAAUCUCUUUCGUCACAGAAGAAGAAACGCCAAAUUUGGAUGAUAUUAAAGAUUUCACCCAGAUGUUCUGUGAUAGGAAGAUUGAAAAUCGUGACGAGUAUUUGAAAAGGUUGAUUGAAAUUGUUGAUCAGUAUUGUAAUCACCAAAUAUGAUGUUCCAUUGAAACAAAAGUGUAAACCGGAUGAUGAUAAUUAAAACUUAUUUUUUAUGCAAUCCU